AUGACAACCUUGUUUCAAACAUACGAGGAGGAGUACCGCGACGGUGUGAGGACCAUUCGAGAUGAGUCGGAGGCGCUGCGCCACUCGUGCGACCGCAAGGCGACCGGGUACAAGGCGCCCCCUGCCACCGGCCCCGGAAGCCGUGUGCAGCGCGGUGCUCACUUGACAACUGUUUUGGCGCAGGUGCGGGAACUGGUGAACAGCAUGGAGUACGAGGCGAAUGAUCUCCCCGCGGCGCACAGGCAGACGGCUAAGGAGCGCAUUGCCGAGUACCGCACGAACCUGCGCGCUUUGGAGGAGAGCAUUGCACGCCUCAAGGCGGACGCUAGCGCCGCUGAUCGACUGGACCUGCUUGGUGACAUCGAAAGGCGAAAGGCAGGGGCGAGUGGCGCCAACGAAGCGAAAGCUUCAGGCGACCUUGAUGACGAGACCAAAGUGCACCGAAUGGUGAUGCUGGACAACACGGCGAAGUUCAAGGACGCCUCUGGCAAGCUACUGCAGGCAGAGCGUCUCCUGAACGACACGGAGGCGGUGGGCAACGAGGCCCUCACGAGCCUGCGCUACCAGACAGAGACGAUGCAGCACAUUCAGGAAACGACGAUCGCGGUCGACCAGGAGGUGUCGGAUGCACGCAAGAUCAUCAGCGGCAUGCAGAAGAUGAUGAUCAAGCACAAGCUCAUUCUCAUAUCCAUCAUCAUCGUUCUUUUCUUUCUGAUUUUCGUGGCCAUCUACGUCAGCGUCUCGAAGAAUCAUCGCAACUCGUCGUCCACAUCGACGGAGGUCACUGACGAACCCAUCACAUCGGUGGCGCCGUCGUUGUCGUGGUUGCCCAGCAAGCUAAAACAGUAG